AUGGAGAACAUUUCCAAGGUCAUGGUCCGUAAGAAUGGCAAGCAAAUCUCCUGCGAACCAUGUCGUGUCUCUAAGAUCCGGUCACGGAAGAAGGCACAGGUACCUCGCAGUGUGUCUCAUGCUAGCCCAUCGAGUGAGCAUGAUGAGGGUCCUGGUGCCUCUACCAGUCGUGGAGACAGCAUCGUGCCAAAUGAGCCUCAAAUCAGCCUCACGUCUGCCUCUCAGCCAACAUACUUGGGAUCCACCAGCUUUAUGUCAGCAUUCGACCAUGAUCAACAGGACUUGAGCCUUUCUACACCGAAAAUUCCCCAUGCAUCUACCCUGCGCAAGGCGUGGACUGCCCACUCCACACAUGUCAUUCCCCGACUGGUUCAGCUUCUGCGCCCGCUCAGGUUGUAUGAAGAUUUAGUGGCGGACGAAUACCAUCGGAGCUCCUUCACAGUCAUUCCAGCUCCUCUUAUUCUUACUCCCUUGAGGCUGCUUCGGAGCCACUGGGACAAGGAGAGAUGGCCGCGAGAGGAUUUAGGAUCCCGGAUCACUCAGAACACGGCCACCCACACGAUCAAUGCCGAAGCAAACAUGACAACGGACCAGUUUUACCAUUUGUUCACAGGUGUGAAUUUGCGAUGGGAGUUUGUCGGUCUCAUAUUCGCCCUGGCAGGACUCGGCGCCAGCGUGUCGUCUCGUGCCACUCCACUUUUGUCUUUGAACGGCAAGGAUGAACUAAGUGCAGAUGCCUUUGCCAGGGAGAUGGCGGCAGCAAGUCAUGCAUGUAUUGAAAUCUGCAGACAGCACGACAAUGUGAAUGACUUGACGGUUUGGCUGAACUACACUUACUUCGUAUUGGCAUCGAAUAUUAUGGGCGAGACAAGCCAUCAUAUUUACGCGCAAUUUGGGGACUUGGUCUCCUGCAUUUAUGCCACGGGCCUCCACCAUCCAGAACAUCCUGCGGCCGCUGUUCCUUUUUUCCUCUCGGAGACCCGUAAGAGAGUUUUUGCAGCAUCGUAUCGCGCCGACAAGAAUAUCGCUACUUUUCUGGGAAGGCCACCUCGACUGCCGUACCAUUAUUGUGACGUGGAGCUACCCUUGGAUACUGAUGACGACAGCCUAUUCCUGGAUCGCCUUUCCAUCGACAAGGCUAUAAGCCAGCUCACGCCGGAUGGAUGGGGUACCUUCAGCGGUGGUCUUCGCCCUGCCACUGUCAUCCGGCUACGAUACAUGGUAGCGAUGUUGCGAGAGCAGGUGGUGGGACUGUCCUUGGGGCGGGGCUCGGUUCACUCCAGACAAACCGAACUACAGGCUACCUAUCAAGAGUGUAAACGAUUGUGGGACAAAGUACCCAGUCAGUUCCACUACAGCAAACACUCCUGGAAGGCUUCAAGUCCGCACCUGGCCAUAAUCAGCCUGGUCAUCCACCUGGAAUACGUCCACACGCUGUUUCAGGUCGAGCGCAUCCGUUCCAAUGAAGUCCCCGACGCCAUGUCCGAUCUUCUGGACUCGGCCAUGCAGAUCGUCUCCGCAGUCACAGACUUUGCCAAGCACCGCAAUCAAGAAGCCAGCAUCCGCGAGCAGUACGCGUGGAUUUUUCUCCUCUACGCUCUCCCAGCAGCAGGUGUCCUCGCAACCGAACUCCAUCGCUGCACAGUCUCCAGGGUAUCACUACCAUGUUCCAUCCCUCGGUCCAGAAUUAUCCGCGAUCUAAGCCUGCUUGUCUCCUGGUUCGAGAGCGCCAACCCACCGACUAAUGUCACUCGUGUGGAGGUUACCAAGGUCAUAGUCAAGCUAUUAAAUGAUGCGUUGGAUUAUCCGUCGGGUGCGCAGAUGGCGGAUGGACCACAGCCGGUUACUGGCAGUCACUCUGCGCUGAGCAGCGAUGAUCGAGUCCUGGAUGGUUCCCAUUCGAUCGGGAUGUCACUAAAUGUCUACGACCAGAGUGGGACGAUGCCGAUCGUGGAUGGGAUUGAAACAAGCGAGGAUUUCUUACACUGGCUGGACGAGCUGGGAUUGGACUCGAGCAUCCCUGAGUUUUUUGGGUGUCAGUAGUAUGCAUUUGACCAUCACCGAGAUCAUCUACGACGAUAUACGGCAACAAGCUCGGAACUUGCCCGAAUGAGGUUGAGAGCAUGCUCAUCGCUCAUGAACAGCACAUCAGGCAGUGGAUGAACAGGGAUAUGGUGUCGUUCUACCCAGUCGUAAAUAAGCGCCAUGCUUACCGAAGCACAAUUAAGAAGCUCCU